CACGAAGUAAACAGCGAUGUAUACUUUGUGAUUGUAUCUCUUCUCUAUGGGCAUUUCACGCCCCAGACGCUGGCCGGCAUGUUGUAAGGAGAACGAGAAGUGUUGAGAAACAUUUUAAAAGUGGUUUAAAAUGACAAUUUUCAGCGGUAACCAACCAAAAUUAACACAAUGAAGGUGUGAAAGAUGCAAUAUUUUAAAUAUAUGCUUCUUACAUCUUCAUGUUUCAAUGUCUUGAAACGAGGUGAUAAUUUUGGUAUCUGGCUGCAUUUAAAAUUUCCGCUAAUAUAGUGACGCAAACUGUAGUCUGAAGCUCAUUGCCUGAAGUCGGAUCCGAUGCGCAAGAGUCCGCCCUGGUUUAUUCCAUGCUUCGACGCAUAAAGAGUACUCUUCUCUUCGACGACAUAAACACGUUUGCUCGUAAACUACUAGGAUAGCCGACUCUUUGGUUUUAGGGGCUGCUCUGUGGCUUUCAACGCUCAGGCAUUGCUGUUGUGCUUGCGGUGACCAGAGAUGGGGACUGAUGUGUGAGGAGCGGAAAGAAAUAAACAGAAUAGUUAACCUAGGUAUAUUGCCGUGGUCAAGCCAAUGUUCAAGUGAUUGAACAGGUGGUGAGUGUACGUCGAGGCGACAAACAUGAGUUCUGAGCUCUGAUUAGUGGCAGUAUCAGUAAUUGAAUGCAUCGUAUGGCAAGUGUAGGGUUGAAGUGUAUUGUAUGAAUGAAUUGAUUGCUUUUGACGUAAGUCCCUGAAGUAGCGAGUUUACCUAAGAAACACAAAUUAGUGCGUCGUGUGCUUAUUAACAGAAAGCGUUUGAUGAUAUUUUCUGAGGUACAUUUCGUUGAAAAGCUCUUGUUUCGUGUGUCUGAAGUGUUUUAUUGUUAAUGAAUGUAAACAGCACACCUGAAAACUGGAGUCAGUUGUAAAAACUUAACUGUCACAUUGUGUUUUGUUGGCAAAAUCGUUCACUUUUUGUAGUGAACCCGUUAUUUUCAAUUAAAUCAAAGUAUUUCGUUGUCAAUUGCCCAUAUGUCUGACAAUGAAGGCUCUGAAAUGGAAGUCGAGGAUCAAAGUGAAGAUGGAGAGCUGACAAAAAGUCCACAUAAGCAUUCACCUAUGCCACUUUCUAAGGAUAUGGUUGGCUCAUAUGGGCGGCCUAAAGGACGAAUUGAGUCAACAAGUCGUUACAGUAUCAGAUGACUCUGAUGAGGAGGAAGAAACUGGAUCUGGUGUUGAAAAUAAAGUGAGCCGAACUGAUGGUCAUUCUCAUGGACAAGAAAUAGACGAUGAUGAUGAGGCCUCAAGUUUAGCUGAGGAAGAAGAAGAGGAAGAAGAAGAUGAGAGUGAUAGUAGUUCUGCAACUGAGGAGGAAGCAG